AUGGCACACUCAACAGAAGAUCAGUCCAACAUUCAAUGGGAUAUUCUUCAAGCUUCUGAUCCUUUGGCAUCUCAUCCACAACUGGGUCAUAAUGACAAUGCGGAAAUUUUAGAUCCUUUAUUGAGUGAUUUAACCAUCCAUUACGAAGACUCAACAGCAGCCGAACUGUCCGCAAAAAAUACUUUGAAUGGCUCAAACUUAUUACACGUUGAUAUCUCAGAUAAGAAACCGCCUAUUUUAUUUGAUCAUGAUACUCAGCAGCAUGAAUCAACGAUACAGUUGGACAGCGUUUAUCAUACCAAUAACUCUUAUCCUCAGCAAGAGAAAACACCUAUUCACAAUGCGACAAACGCUCCUUUAGAGAGUAGCAGCAAGAAAGUCUAUGUAAAAGAUCCUCAAAAAGAAGUGGAAGAACAAAGCACUUAUGUGUCUUAUUUAGUAGUAUCAGAUAAAAAACAAGUACGAAGAAGAUACCAAGAUUUUGUUUGGCUGCAUAAUGUGCUUUAUACACACUUUCCUGCCUGCUUUGUUCCUCCAUUACCGGAUAAGCAUAGAUUAGAAUAUGUCAAAGGAGAUCGAUUCAGUCAAGAGUUUGUCGAAAAGAGACGAAUGAGUCUCGAAAGAUUUAUGCAGCGGAUAGCACGACACCCUAUACUCAGUAAAGCUGAACUCUUUAUCAAGUUUCUUGAAGCUUCCGAUUUUAAUGAUGCAUCUGCUAGAGCUUUACGUGAAGCGAAUGAAACAAUGAUGGACACUCUUGGAGAUUCAUUACUGAAUGCAUUCGCCAAAAUACGCAAACCUGAUCCACGCUUUUUAGAAAUGAAGGAGAGAAAUGAAAAAUUAGAAGAAAAUUUAGACAUGCUUCAAAGAGUGUUGGCAAGAACCAACAAAAGGACAGAAGAUCUUCUCCAUGAUUACGAAGAAUUCACGAGCAGUGUGGAAGGGUUAUCGGACAUCAUGGCUGGAGAAUCACCCCUUUAUAAAACUAUUUUAAACAUCUUUUCAAAUGGAUUGCAUCAAUUUUCUAACCGCUUGAAAACCAUGAACACGGAAGACACAAAAUGGCAAAUAGAAACCCAUGAUUCUAUGGCGUAUUAUCAUGCAGUGCAAGCCGUUCUCAAAUUGAGAGAUCAAAAACAGUUAGAUUUCGAAGAGCUAAAUGUCUAUUUACACAACACUAUGGAAGAAAAGGAGAAGCUGAUGCGUGAUAAACGUGGUGCAGAGGUCAGAGGGGUCACUGGUUAUAUCACUGGGAUGCUGAAUGAGGUGAGAGGUGCAGACUCGCAAAAACUAAAGAGAGAAAAGAUUUUGAGAUUAGACGAUCGUGUCAAGGAAUUGCAAGAGGCAAUUGACCAAACGCAUGAAGUAUCCACAGCGUUUUCAGAGCAAGUAAAAAAGGAAGACGCUUUUUUUAAUCACAACAAGCGAAUGGAGCUUUAUGAUGCACUAAAGACUUAUACAAAUGCCAAGGUGGACUUUUACGAAAAUAGUAUCAGUAUAUGGAGAGAAGUGGUGCAGCAGCUCGAAGAUCAAUAA